AUGCUAGACAAUUUGGCCAGGGUGCUUAGCAGUUACGCUGGCCGAGACAAAGUUGUCCGAUCUCUUGCCUUUUUCCUCAUUCUGAAAGCCCAGUCGUCACCAAAUAAGGAGGCUCUCUUGGCUCUCGCCAAACAAUGUUCUGCAGCACGUCUGGUAUUGCGGCAAUUCAAUCAUCCGUCUAUGAUUAAAUCUUGUCAACAGUUGUUGACUACUGAACCCACUGAUCCUGUUGAUUAUGCUUGCUCAACGGCCGUCACUGGAGUUUACACUGUGUACGGAUUCGUGGAAAUGUUUGCAUGGCUCGCUGAUGCGAAGAUAGUUGCAAUGGAUGCUGGAAGUUUGUACAGAUGGUGCGUAUAUCUUUGGAUCACCGCUUUGAUUGCUGGAAUUAUCCGUCAAAUUCAUCUUAUAUUGAGAAAAGGAUGGGAGAAGACCAGUGAUGAUAUUUUCACCCUCGUAGGGCUCACGAGUGAUUUUAUAUCAGGUGUGAAUUCGCUCCCUCAUAACAUUCUCUGGGCUGGGAAGCUUUCUUCUUCUCAAAGCGCUACAUUUUCGCUCAUAGCUUCUCUGGUUGGACUUUAUAGGUUGUUCUGA